CCGCGAACGAGGCGGCCCCCGGCGGCCGCACCAUGGACUCUGGUGCAGAGGAAUACGAGCUUAACGGCGACCUGCCCCCAGGCUCUCCCAGCUCCCCGGGCAUUUCGCCACCACGCUGGGGCUGGAGAACCCGGCCCAUCAAUGUGAACCACUAUGCCAACAAGAAGAGUGCAGCUGAGAGCAUGCUGGAUAUCGCCCUUCUGAUGGCCAACGCCUCCCAGCUCAAGGCUGUCAUUGAGCAGGGUCCCAGCUUCGCCUUCUUCAUGCCCCUCGUAGUCCUUAUCUCCAUCUCCCUUGUUCUUCAGAUUAGUGUGGGUGUACUGCUCAUCUUCCUUGUCAAAUACGACCUCAACAACCCAGCCAAGCACGCCAAGCUGGACUUCCUCAACAACCUGGCCACAGGCCUGGUGUUCAUCAUUGUGGUGGUCAACAUCUUCAUCACGGCCUUCGGCGUCCAGAAGCCCAUGAUCGAUGUGGCACCCCGGCAGUAGGGGACUCAGG